AUGGCCGAACAACAACCAAACCCAAUCGUCUUCUUCGACAUCGCACUAGGCGGCGAGCCUCUUGGCCGCAUCAAAUUCGAGCUCUUCGCCGACUCAGUACCGCGCACAGCAGAGAAUUUCAGACAAUUCUGCACAGGCGAGACCAAUGGACCAUCAGGUAGACCACAAGGCUACAAGAACAGCAAAUUCCACAGAGUGAUCAAAGACUUCAUGCUCCAAGGUGGCGACUUUCUCAACGGCGACGGAUCGGGAAGCACAUGCAUAUACGGGACAUCGAAAUUUGGCGACGAGAAUUUCAAAUUGAAGCACGAUGAGCCUGGACUUUUGAGCAUGGCGAACUCCGGUCCAAACACGAAUGGCUCACAAUUCUUCAUCACUUGCGCGGCAACACCUCAUCUGAACAACAAGCAUGUUGUCUUUGGAAAAGUCGUGGAGGGAAUGGAUGUUGUGCGGAAGAUUGAGAACGUGCGACUUAGAGGUGAGAAGCCUACGCCGGACGUAACCAUCGCUCAAUGUGGUGAGAUGUGA